AUGUCAAGGCUAAAUUUAACAUGGGAAGCGUGGGAAGAUGCAGUCCUACUACUAGCCAUAGACUGGUACACUGCAGCGGCAGAAUUUCCUGGGAGAUGGGGCCCAGAGUGUGAAUCUCCACAAGGCCCUCUGAACGGUGUUGUGAUUAUAAUAAAGGAUUGGGUAAUAUUCCUUCAUGAAGGAUCUUUUCUCUUGACCUCGAAUCGUUUGAAGGCUGGGCUUGAACGUGGUCUCACAGUAGCAAAAGUUUUUGACCUGCGAGCUAUUCAACGGAGAUGGAGAGUACUCAGUUCCGAUUCCAAGUUGCAAAGUGAGGCUGCAUAUGCACUAGAAAAUGCUAUUUUACCACUAAGGACGGAGCUGGAGAAUCGGUCUAGCACCAGAAUAUGUUAUAUCGCAGGCGACAAGUUGCCUGUAGGGUGCGGAGAACCGGCUGCUGGAGACCGUAAAAAAUACUACGUGGGGUUUGCAACUUGCCUCUUGACCGAUGACAUUUGGGAGCGCGAAAAGGCAGCAAGAGAGGAAAGAGAAAGGAAAUGUGAUUUAGCCUUAUGUCAAGUAAUGAAGAUAAUGAAGUCCUCUGAGGCAGUCUUGCAACAACCGAACAAUAGUGAGGGUGCCUAA